UGCGUCACUCGCCUGCGACGAGCUGGAGGCGGUCGUGUGCGCGCGUCUGUGUUCAUGUGUAGCCGCCGUCCAGCAGCGUGAUGGAGGUGUGCGGCUCUCCCGCUGUUACUCUGAGAGAGUUUGGUUGUGAGCAGAGUUUACUGUCUCGACCCGACGGUUCAGCUUCCUUCAUCCAAGGAGACACGAGUGUCCUGGCCGCAGCUUAUGGACCAGCCGAGGUCAAGGUCAGCAAGGAAAUCUAUGAUCGGGCAACACUGGAUGUGUUGAUACAGCCCAAAGUGGGGCUGCCAAGUGUAAGGGAGCGAGCACAAGAGCAGUGUGUGCGAGAAACCUGCGAGGCAUCUCUGCUCUUGUCACUUCAUCCUCGCUCCUCCCUCACUCUCAUUCUUCAGCUGAUACAUGAUGAUGGUUCGAUCUUGUCCUGCUUUUUGAAUGCUGCCUGCAUGGCUCUUAUGGAUGCCGGCCUGCCGAUGAGUUUCUUGUUCUGUGGCGUAACUUGUGCCAUAGACGUAGACGGGCAAAUCAUCACAGACCCCACUGCGGCGCAGGAAAAGGAAAGUCGUGCUGUGAUGACCUUCGCUAUUGACAGCAAAGAACACAAAGUUAUGAUGUCGUCCACCAAAGGGUCGUUUUCGGUGAACGAGCUGCAGCAGUGUGUUGCAGUCAGUCAGAAAGCAUCAGAGAAGAUCUUCCAGUUCUACAGAGACUCUGUCAAGCGCAGAUACUCCAAAAUCCUCUGAAGCAGAAGCUCUUUUCUUUCUCAGUCUUUUUUUUAUUUUUAUUUUUAGAAUAAAUGUAUAUACUGAUGUUAAAGCAUUUAAUCACCACAUUGGGCUACCAUUGCUUCACUUGAGUUGUAGUGAGCUGACUUGCAGUUGAGACGGCGUUUAACUAUUGUGAAGGUGCAAAAUAAAAGAGCAGAGAUGAAUGUUAAACAAGUGCAUUUAUUGUGAUUCAUCAAUUUUAUUUUGAUUUAUUUACAUGUAAUAAAAGGAUGUGGAAUAAA